CGGGAGUAUGAAGCAGCGCUGGAAGAGGACAGAGAUGGUUUAUAUAGCGGCGGAUGUGAGCGCAGCCCGUCACUACUGUGGCGCUCUGCGCAGCGGCAAGCAACGUUUCGGGGAAAGCAAAGCUCCAAUUCGAAAGAUAAACAAUGACCUGUUGUAACGCAUGAACUGCAGCAGUCGCCUCCGUAAUCGGUUAGAUCCUGCAAAAGCGUAGACAUCCUCAAACAGAAAGCCACGCUGUGCUGUAAGGGCGGCGCACCGCGCGUAAGGACGCAGCAUGCACUGUCAAGCCGAGCUCAGGCUCUCCUCCGCCGGGCAGCUGAAGGCGGCCAGGCGGCGCUACAAGACUUUCAUGAUUGACGAGAUCCUCUCCAAGGAAACUUGUGAUUACUUCGAGAAGCUUUCUCUCUACUCCGUGUGUCCUUCUCUCAUUGUUCGACCAAAGCCUCUUCAUUCUUGUUCGGGCUCCUCGUCACUGCGUGCCUACCCGCUCCUCUCCGUAAUCACACGGCAGCCGCCCAAUGUGCCGCCCCACCUUCAGCAGCCCCCCUCCCCCGGCGCGGCCCACUCGCACCUGCCCCUGAUCUCCCCGCAGCUCCCGCGGGGCUCGGAGCCCUCGCCCAGCCAGACGCCCCUCAGCAUCAGCAGCGAGUCGGAGACGGAGCGCAGCACGCCCCGCCUGAAAAAGCCCCGCCGCAGCCGCACCAUCUUCACCGAGCUGCAGCUGAUGGGCCUGGAGAAGAAGUUCCAGAAGCAGAAGUACCUGUCCACGCCUGAUAGGUUAGAUCUGGCUCAGUCCCUUGGUCUCACGCAGCUCCAAGUGAAGACGUGGUACCAAAACAGGCGCAUGAAAUGGAAGAAAAUGGUAAGCCUGCCAUAUCAGGUGCUCAAAGGAGGUCACGAGGCUCCGACUAAGCCCAAGGGAAGACCCAAGAAGAACUCUAUUCCUACCACGGAGGAAAUAGAGGCUGAAGAGCGAAGACUGAAAAUGGAGGAUGAAGAGCGGAUGAGGAGGGCGGCGGAGGAAGCAGGGCUGGCUCAUGGAGGGGUAGCAUCUGAGCUGGAAACCCGAGAUCUGAGUUCAGAAAGUGCCAGUCCAACCAGAGCAAUGGAGGGAUCUCAGUGUGAGCAGCCACUCCUAAUGUCAGAAAGUCACGCAGCCAGCUAAGCAAGAACAAAUCAACCAAAGACUAAAGCCAACCUGAAAACAAAUAGUGCCUCAGGAUCUGUGUACAAAGCCUGUGUGAUGUUUAAAGCCAUUUACUUUAGCAAGAUGACUGGUUACACAUUGCUGGCUUCCAGUCUUCACCAAGUGUAGCCUUGUAUUUUUUGUGUACUGGGAAGAUUAUGAUACAAAGAGCUAACCUUCACACACACUGAUUGCACUGGUAAUCCCAUGGCCUUAAGUCCAUCUUGUAAGGAGUGUAAAUCUGUCAAAUCCAAACAGGUCAGUCAAGCCUUAAUCACAACAUAGUGACACAUAUCACAUCAUCAAGUAAUUGUGCGUUUCACUUGUGAGAGAUCACACAUGCCUCUUGGCCCUCAAAGCUGACAAAGAUCAAACACUGCCUUUUUUUUGUGGCGUGUCUUUGUAUCGUAUAUCAGUUUACUGCCAAAAACUGUAAUAUGAAAUGGCUACAGUGCCUUGUUGGUCUCAGAGGAAAGCGUUUAUUGUGUUUGUACAACAGCCAUCAAAAUGCAGUAUAUUUUUUACAGUCUAGUGCCAUAUAUGGAGGCCGAUUUGUACAGCUUUGAAAAGGAAACUUCAGUGUUUAGAUUGGACUUGUACUGUACAAAUUUAUGGCACAAAUGUGGUCAAUGUUUGCUCAGUAAAGUUAGCUUCUUUUCCAAAGCUGAAAGUCAGUUUUUUUCUGCCAAGCCAUACACUGUUGUCGUACUGUAAAAAUAAGAAAAAUACAACAUAAAUGGUGUUUUUGAGGUAAAGAAAACAUACUAUAUAUGAUUAUAUAUACAUAUUAUAUAUACGUAUACAGUCCAGAGGACACUAAGACUCUUAAACUGUUGUGGUCCGGGAAUAAAUCACCAUUUGUGCCAGAGUUACACAGCAAAAGUUGAACAUUUUUAAUAUCAGAGAAGUUUUCAGCCUGCAGGCUUUGAAUGAGUACCCCAAGUCGGUAUGCAAGACCUGCGUUAACAUAACACUGUAUUCAACUGCCUGUCAGUUACUUCUCCACAUACUUUGAACUUGUUCUCUUUGCAAAGAUUUGUCAUUUUACAGAGUCAAAGUUAGAAUGACAUAGAUUUAUUUUUAUUUGUUAUCGUUUCCUAUGAAAAGUGCAGUAUUUUUCUGAUGUAAAUUAUGCUUGUUUGGUAAGCUUGUUUGCUGUUUUUUUGUUUGUUUUUUUAGGUUUGUACAAAAUUAUUUUUGCAGGUGUGUGUUUAUGUAUUUAAAUAUCAUUAAUAAAAAAAGCUAUCACCUAAAUUCAGCUUAUUGUCAUUCAUAUUGCAAUGGGUUUGCAGUUUGGCCAGACCAUAGGCAUUUUUAUUUUGCUCAAACCAGAACAUGCAACCAGAGACUUGCUCUUUUUAUUUUGGUCUGAUUCAAAAUCUUUGAAAAAUCAGCAAUGAAAUAAAAUCAUCUACAGAAUUCUUUUAAACCCUUUAAAGUCUGAUCCAAGAAAAUAAAUGUGA